AUGAUUCUUAACAAGAAAUACCUCUUUAAUGAAUCCUCUUUCUCAGAGUUUCUGCUCUUGGAAUUCUCAAACACACAGGAAAUACAGAUGCUGUACUUCAUUGGAUUCUUUGUUUUCUACCUGGCAGCAGUUGCAGGAAAACUCAUCAUCUCUGGGGUUGCCUCUGACCACCACCUGCACACCCCCAUGUACUUCUUUCUGAUGAAUUUGGCCAUGCAGGAUGUGGGUCAAGUGUCCGUCAUCUUCCCCAAAGCCAUGGCCAAUUCCCUCAUGAAUGGCAGACACAUCUCUUACGCUGGGUGUGUAGCUCAAGUCCUCUUUUUCCUCUUCUUUCUAGCUUCUGAUUUCUUUCUUCUCACAGUCAUGGCAUAUGAUCGGUUGGUUGCCAUUUGCAAUCCAUUACAAUAUGAGAUGCUGAUGAAUAAGCAAUCCUGCAUUCAAAUGGUUUCUGCUGUAUGGAUCUUCAUCUUUCUCUAUGGGGUGUUACAUUCUGGAGGCACCUUUGCAUCCCCCUUUUGUUCCAAUGUCAUUAAUCAGUUUUUCUGUGAAAUUCCAGCCUUGUUGAAGGUUGUCUGCUCUGACUUGUAUAUAAUUGAAAUAGGAGUUCUUUUCUUAGGUGCUAUAGUUUGGUUAUGCUGCUUCAUCUUCAUUGUGGUGACUUACAUGCACAUCUUCACUGCAGUGCUGCAGAUCCCCUCUACACAAGGAAAGAAAAAGGCUUUCUCAACAUGCCUUCCCCACCUCAUUGUUUGCUCCAUCUUUAUAAUUACUGGAGAUUUUGCUUACCUCAAACCCACUUCAAAUUCUGCCUCAUUUCUGGAUUUAGCAUUUACGAUGAUAUAUUCCAUAGUCCCUCCUUUGCUGAAUCCAGUCAUCUACAGCAUGAGAAAUAAGGAGCUGAAACGUGCCCUUUCAAAACUGUUGGGCACCAGGUCUUUUCGUAGAAAUAACCUCUCAAUUCCUGUUCUGCAAAGGUAA